GGAAAGUGUGGCUCGCCAUGAAUGCGAUUCAAUGCUUCUCUACCGGUCUCACCUAAACUCCAUUAUUAGGAUCCAUCCCGCUUCUUCUUUUCUUCUUCAAGUACCUCCAGGCUCCAGCAAUUUCUUCAUCUUCUUUGCAUUUUCACUAAAGGUUUAUUCAUUUGAGUGAUUUUACAUAAUAUUUUCAGUUGAAUCAAAAGAUCGGGGAUGGAUAAGAUAGAGAAGGGAAACAAUGGUGCACCUAUUGGUCAAUCUUCACAGCCGAUGGUGCAGCGUCCGAGGGAUGAAGAUGAUACGCCAGCGCUGCGGAGGGCGGAGCCUUUUGCACGAUUGGUGCCAAUGGCUCUAUGUGUUGCGGCUCUGGUUGUCAUGCUGAAAAACUCUGAGACUAAUGACUCUGGCUCAGUGUCCUACUCCGACCUCGGAGCUUUCAGGUAUUUGGUGCACGCCAAUGGAAUUUGUGCUGGUUAUUCUCUUCUCUCAGCUAUAAUUGCAGCCGUGCCUCGCCCCUUCACCAUGUCUCAAGCCUGGACUUUCUUCUUCCUCGACCAAGUGCUGACUUACUUGAUUCUGGCUGCCGGAGCGGUGUCAGCCGAGGUGCUGUACCUGGAACAAAAGGGAGAUUUAGCCAUCACGUGGAGUUCUGCUUGCGGCACAUUUGCCGGAUUCUGCCACAAAGCCACCGCAUCAGUAAUCAUCACAUUUGUUGCAGUAGCUUAUUAUGCAGUGCUUUCACUCUUCUCUUCCUACAAACUGUUCAGCAAAUAUGAUGCUCCCGUUAUCACCUAUCCAACCACCAAAGGCAUUGAAAUUCCCCCUGUUUUCGAUGGCUGACCGUAUGUACUAGACAUAAAACAAUAGAACUUUGUAAUGUUUUUAAUUUAAUCCCACGAGUGCUCCAUAUGAAUGGGGUCAAAUGUGUCGUCCGAUUUGGUAACUAUUUGUACCGUAUCAACAUAGUUAAUCGCAAACUAUAUGAUUGUUAAGUGAAA